AUGAGCAUCGAGUACCGAUUUCUCUCAGCUAGCCACCAGCGUGCGAUCCCUUGCGACCCUCUCUGCCAUAGUGCUUCUCGCUACCUCGGUGCAUAUCUCAAGGGACUGCCCGAUGCCGAUCGUGCCCGCGCUUCCUUCCUGAAGAACCGUGUGUCGACUGGCGCAGCCAUUGUCCCCGCCACUAACUUGGCGUACGUCCAGUAUACUACCAGUGUCGGCAUCGGCAGUCCGCCCACUAAUUACAACCUCGUCGUCGACACUGGCAGCUCGAACACAUUUUGUGGGAGUGGAAUAAAGUACGUGCGGACGAACACCAGCAUUCCUACUGGUGAGACUGUCAACGUCACAUACGGUCUAGACCUCGACCAAGUCACUCUCGCACCUAACCUCGUCAUCACCAACCAAUCCAUUGGUGACGCACUCUCUUAUGCUGAUUUUGAAGGCGUCGACGGUAUCAUCGGUGUGGGACCUGUCAUUCUUACUCAGGGCACCCUUUCUCCCGAUACCAACGCAACCAUCCCGACCGUGAUGAACAAUGCCGUCUCGCAGGGGUUGAUCUAUGAUCAAGUUUUAGGCAUGUACUUUGCGCCUGCAAAUAACUCCAGUGACACCAAUAGAGCAAUCACGUACGGCGGCAUCGACUCGUCCCAGUUGACAUAUACCCCUGUGACGAAGACCUUUCCUUCUGCUUACUAUUGGGGGAUCAACAUCACCUCUGCAACCUACGGUAACAAAAUUGUCUUUUCUGAAUCUACAGCAGGGAUUGUCGACACUGGUACAACACAGGUCCUUCUUGCGGACGACUCCUUCGAUGUGUACCGCUCCUCCAUCCCUGGUGCUACACUUGACAAGUUCACUGGUCUCAUCACCAUUCCUCCCAGUUCCAUCCCCUACAUGCAACCUCUUAACUUUACAAUUGGCGAUACCAUCUUUUCAAUGGAUGUUGCUGUUCAACUCAUUCCCACUGAUCAGAAUGAGGCAUGGGGUGGUGUCGCCGGGAAACAGUAUGGCGUUGUCGCAAAUUUGGGAACAUUGAGUGGGCAGGGCUUGGACUUUAUUAUUGGGCAGAAGUUCAUGGAGAGGUAUUAUGUAGUGAGUGGUUCCUGA